AGUGCCAACCAGAGGCAGUCUUGAGGUGUUGGUGUGCGCGCUUCGACAUACAAACUACACGGCCCCGUUUCUCGGUCGGUUCUCGGCUUUUUUGGGGUGACUUCCUCUUCAGGUUUUUACUAGUGUUUUAUUUGCUUUAUCAAAAAAGCAAAAUUGUACGUGCGGUUGGCGACGGUUCGAGAUCUCGGUAUUUGCAAAACGAUUUCUGCAGCCAAGGAGCGUUCGCACGCAGUGGAAUGAGGCAAAAGUGGCAUGUGUUUGGAGUUAAACUGGUAGUGUCUACGCUGCCGUAGUGCAUGCAUAGUGAGUGUGUUUUGUUGAAAAAUACUUGCGGUGAAAGAAGCGAUUUCUUGGGAAAGUACAGAGCUGUGCGGUGUGCUAGGGGUUCAGUGUUUGGUUUCUGUGUUCCCCUGAAGAGGAAAUAUUAUCUGUUUGCCCCUUUUCGAAGCCAGUUUCUGUGUCAUUUAAUAAGGGUCACCACCAACAGCAGCAACAGCCCAUCACCAUCAACGGCAAACGGCAAUCACCAGUGGUUUGAGUUGGUUGGAAAACAGUGAAACCGUGUCAGAGAAGUGACGAAGAAGGAGAAGGAGGAGGAGAAGAAGAAGAAGAGAAGACGUAGAUACACGUAGGGUGAGAGAGAGUGUGUGAGCGAGUGUAGUAAGAUACAGUGAAACCGGGUGAACAGAAGAACAGUGUGAUAGAUGGCAAGAGCUUAAUUCACGCACGGAUUCACAAGUUCUCACAUGUCGUCGCAGCGUUGUUGUGGAUCGCACGUGCUGUCGCAAUUGUUGUCUAGAUGACGUCCGCUGACGAUUCCAGUUGGCUUAGCUAUUACACUGUGAGAUUGCCGGUAGUGAGUGACUGUCCGGCGGGGCAGACGGCUAGAGUCACCUCCAACCUGCACUCUUCCAGCAGCACAAUGGCAGUUAGCCGAGUGCCAUCACCCCCUCUACCAGAGGUCAACACACCGGUUGCAGAAAAUUGGUGUUAUACUCAGGUCAAAGUUGUAAAAUUCAGCUACAUGUGGACGAUCAACAAUUUCAGCUUCUGCCGGGAAGAGAUGGGCGAAGUGCUGAAAUCCUCCACCUUCUCCGCCGGUGCUAACGACAAACUAAAAUGGUGUUUGCGCGUGAAUCCAAAAGGCCUCGACGAGGAAAGCAAAGACUACCUCUCGCUCUACCUGCUACUGGUGUCCUGCAACAAAUCCGAGGUCCGGGCAAAGUUCAAAUUCUCGAUCCUGAACGCCAAACGGGAGGAAACCAAGGCGAUGGAAUCCCAGCGGGCGUACCGGUUCGUCCAGGGCAAGGACUGGGGCUUCAAAAAAUUCAUCCGGCGGGACUUCCUGCUGGACGAGGCCAACGGACUCCUGCCCGAAGACAAACUCACGAUAUUCUGCGAGGUCAGUGUGGUCGCGGACAGCGUCAACAUUUCCGGUCAGAGUAAUAUAAUUCAAUUCAAAGUGCCAGAAUGCAAACUAUCGGAGGACCUGGGUCUUCUGUUCGACAGUGAGAAAUUCAGCGACGUCACACUAGCGGUCGGGGGCCGGGAGUUCCAAGUACACAAAGCAAUCUUAGCCGCCCGCAGUCCCGUGUUUGCGGCCAUGUUCGAGCACGAGAUGGAGGAACGCAAGCAGAACCGCGUCGCGAUCACCGACGUCGACCACGAAGUAUUAAAGGAGAUGCUCCGGUUUAUCUACACCGGUAAGGCGCCCAACCUUGACAAGAUGGCGGACGACCUGCUGGCCGCGGCGGACAAGUACGCCCUCGAGAAGCUGAAAGUGAUGUGUGAAGAAGCGCUCUGUGUUAACCUGUCGGUGGAAACGGCCGCCGAAACGCUGAUCCUGGCCGAUCUGCACAGCGCCGACCAGCUGAAGGCGCAAACGAUAGACUUCAUCAACACCAGUCAUGCGACAGAUGUGAUGGAAACCGUGGGCUGGAAGAACAUGGUGACGACGCACCCGCACCUGAUAAACGAAGCAUUUCGCGCCCUAGCCACGCAGCAGAUACCACCGAUCGGUCCGCCCCGCAAGCGGGUGAAAAUGAGCUGAAAUAAAAUGUUGACAUCCGUACAGUCCGUGAUGUCAACGACGCCGUCACCAGCUAGUAUCACACAAUCAUCGUCAUCAUCACCAUCCGCAUCCGCAUCAUCAUCAUCAACGUCGUGUUUGUUAUCAUCACUAUCAACCAACAACAACAAUAGCAACCACCCAUCCACCGCUACUACUGCUGCUGCUGCUGUCAGUCUGUUCCAGUUGACGUCUCCCGGAUCAUCCCCACCAUCGGUUGUUCCGUCGCCGGCAGGUUCACCGGCCGUUGCACCCAUCACCACCCAACUGCUCCAACAGCCAUCCCGGAAGCUGCUAGGUCCCGCCAGUUCCAUCACUUCUUCGUCGUCGUCGUCGUCGUCUUCGUCGCUGCUAAUCAACCACCUGACCAAUCCGAGCAGCCCCAGCUCUCGAGCACCACCCCCAUCUGCCGGAAGUCUCCUGAAGCAGCAACUGGCGGCGGUGACGGCCCCCGACUACACCAACAAAAUGGCGGCGGCCAGUCUCAUCAAAGCAGGCUGUAAAAAGUCAUUGUCGUCGUCGUCGCAGUUGGCGGCGGCGGCGGCAAACGUAAACGUGAACAACAUUGCCGCUGGUUUGGCCAAUGCCGUGGCCGCAGCUGUGGCCGAUGCCGUCACCGUUGCCACCAUCGGGCGCAACCUUAAUCUCAAUCUGAACAACUAUUCGCAGUUGCGCCAGCAGCUGGAAAUGCAAACCACGACAACUUCUUCCUCUUCGCCACCUUCGGAUAAUGGCAGGAACAACAACACCAGCAGUCACACGUUGAAGCAGUUUCUCAAUCAAUCCGGCAACAGCGUCAGUAACAAUCACCAACAACUGCAGCGCCGUGUUGCCAGUUCUGCUGCUGCUGCUGCUGCCGCAAUCGAUGGCAUCACUUCCAGCAUCAGCGCUCGCAACUGUGGCGACAUCUGUUUGCAAUAGAAACAAAACGGGCAGCUUGCUUGGAACGAUGGAUGGAUGGAUGGGGAAACAGCCAGCCAGACUAAGAGCGGUAAGAAAAAACGAGCAGUUGUUUGCUUUAAUUCUAUAGAAAAUCUAGUUUCUUGAUAGUCUCUCGUUAGUAGGAUUCUCUUAGUAGUAGUGAUGCGAUAUGUAAAUCGAUAAUUAAUCAUACAAAUCAGAAAACGAAACCGGAAAACACUGAAAUCGCUCAGCGCGCAGAGUUUAUAGAGGGUAUGUGUAUGUGUGGAUGGAAUCACCCGCGUGUUAACACGAGCAGUAGGGACACCGAUUGAGAUAUCGUUUCUUGAUGAGUAUAAUUGGUAGUUAUGUUUCAGUUUUUUGACCGAUUGAACCGUAAUUUAAACAAAAAGCAGAAAUGUCCCCUUGGUAAAUUGAUCACAGAAAGAGAGCAGCACUGGUAGGCCAGGUUUUCUCCCCGCGCCGCGAGUUUUCUUCUCAAAUGUCAAGUAACACUUUUCUCGAAAACGUCCUGCUCCGGCUUCCUUCAGUCGCGUAUGAAGAAAAAAAGAAAAAGCUAGAAAGACAAAGACAGACAAAGAGCAGGUCCCUAUCAAGCAGCUGGUCGCUGGCAGCACGGGCAAAGAGGGAAGUGAAAUCAUUUUAAUUCAAAUAAAUUAAAUUAAUUUAUACAAUGUGAUAUUUUUGUCUAUAUAUGUUAGCUAAUAUAAUAUGUAAUUAAUUAAUGAAGAAAAAAAACUAAGAGGAGAACCCGACACACGAGACAGGAGAGAAUGCCGAAGAAACAAAAGAACACAUGUCGAAAGCGCGCAGAGAAAGCUCCAAAAUCUAAGUUGUUUCCUUCUUUUCUCGUUCAAAUCAAUGACUGUAUUGUGAAGAAUCCCUACUUAGCACAGCAAAAAAUAUUGGAAUUACAAAAAUAAUAAAAAAAAAAAUCUAUGUGAAAAUUUAAUCGUUUGUUUUUAGCUCUUACACCGAAACAAAAAAAAAAUGCUUCAAAAUUGUUCAUGUUCGAUGAUUUUUUUUUUCCUAUUUUCUUUGAGGUGAUUAUUUUUAAAAAUUUUAUCCUUUCCCCAGCUCCCCCACUGACCUUUGCUAUCAUGCCUGUGUAAAAAGUUUAGUUUUAGACAUUUCUCCUUUAUUUAGUAGCAAAUUUCGUAAUUUUAUGCGAUUUGCAAUCGUUUACUUUAUAAUUUUCUAUUUCCCCCCACAAUUAGGUGUUCAAAUUUUCAAAUAAUUCAGCUUCAUAUAAAAAAGAAAAACAAAAUACAAAAAAUAAGCUAUUGUUAGUUAUAAACAUUUGUUUUAGUCGCUACUUUUUAACAAUGAGAAAAAAAAAACAAACAAACAACAACAACUUGAUAGGUAAAAACAAGAAACACUACAAAAGAAGAGAAUGAGAGAUGAAAAAAUAAACAGAAAUAGAAGUACGGAGCAAACAAAUGAAUCACACUGAAUU